AUGUCGCUACCACGGGGGAACUAUGACCCAAGGAGGGUCUGUUUAAACCCAUUCCCUGAGUUUACUCUCGGAAAACAUCGUAGAACAGUUGGUGUGUAUCUAGCAGGAGCCUUGUUUGCAUUAGCCAACUGGACGUUCCUGGAUGCAGCCAUUCUCUCAGCACACGCCAAAGCGCCCUAUGGUGCCCCGCCAGAUGCGGACGCACCCGUGCAUCUGACAUUCGUGGACUGGAUCCCUGGGAUCUGCUCUUUGCUAGGAUACCUUGUCAUUAACCUUAUUGACAAGGAUCGCAUCCGCGGAGACGAAGGUUUUGGUGACUCACGCGCGGUGUGGCGGGCACGGUUAUUCUUGUUCAUUGGGUUUGCAUUGAUGGCGGGCGGGCUUGCUGGCAGUGUGACCGUGUUGGUGUUAAAGUACAUCUUGAAAGGAUACCCCGAGCAGUUCACAUACUACGGAUAUGCCAAUGUUUCUCAGAGUGUCGCACUCAUGCUCUCCGCAAUCGUGCUUUGGAUUGCACAGAACACAAGCAGCGAAUACGAGUACAAUCUCACCCUGUAA